AUGGCCCCGCCCUCUCGUUCCCGUCAGCCCUUGCGGCCGCGGCCGUUGCUUCCCUCGGCGUCCUCGCUUCCGUGGCUGCGGACGGUGAUUGGCCCCGCUCGGGCGGAAGUGGGGGUGGGCGCUGGCUCGGUUGCCGCAGUGACCGUGCUGAGCGAGUGGGGAGAUGGCGGCGUCGCGUCGCUCUCAGCAUCACCACCACAACCACCACGGUGUCCAUCACCCGCCGCCGCCGCCGCCGCCGCCUCCGCUGCCGCCGCCUCUGCCUCUGCCGCUGCUGCCCCCGGGCGCCGCCGGAGCGGCCCCGCCGCCGCCGCCGCCCCCCCCCUCGCUGAGCCCCGGCCCGCGUCCCCCGCGGCCUCCCCGCGCCACGGCGGCCUCCCGGCGCCUCCAGACGCGGACGGGGGAGGAGCAGGCGGGCCCGGGGGCGGGGUCGGGGUCGGGCCUGGGCCUGAGCGGCCGCGCUCCCCCGAGCCCGCCGACAGCGCCGGCCCAGCCUCGGCCCCGGCUCCCGCGGCGGCGGCCCCCGGGCCCUGCCCCUGCCCCGGCUCCUGCCCGGCCGCUGCCGUCGCCUCUGCCACCUCGGUGUCCUCGGUGUCCUCGUGCUCCUCCUCGGCCUCCUCGUCGACCUCGUCCUCCUCGUCCUCGGCCUCCUCCGCCUCGUCGUCCCCCGGCUCGCUGGGGCCCAGCUCUGACAGCCCCCCGGAGGCAGGCCCAGGCCCGGGGCCGGCCGUGAGCGGCGCCCUGCGCGAGCUGCUGGAGGCCUGCCGCAACGGGGACGUGGCCCGGGUGCGGAGGCUCGUGGACGCGGCCAACGUGAACGCCAAGGACCUGGCCGGCCGCAAGUCGUCCCCGCUGCACUUCGCGGCCGGUUUUGGAAGGAAGGAUGUGGUAGAACACUUACUGCAGAUGGGUGCCAAUGUCCACGCCCGAGACGACGGUGGGCUGAUUCCUCUCCACAACGCCUGCUCCUUUGGCCAUGCUGAAGUGGUCAGCCUGUUGCUGUGCCAGGGGGCAGAUCCAAAUGCCCGGGAUAAUUGGAACUACACGCCCCUGCAUGAAGCAUCUAUCAAGGGCAAGAUAGACGUGUGCAUCGUUCUGCUGCAGCACGGAGCUGAUCCAAACAUUCGCAACACUGAUGGCAAAUCGGCCCUGGACCUGGCAGACCCUUCGGCGAAAGCUGUCCUCACAGGUGAAUACAAGAAGGACGAACUCCUAGAAGCCGCUAGGAGUGGUAAUGAAGAGAAACUGAUGGCUUUACUGACGCCUCUAAAUGUGAAUUGUCAUGCGAGUGAUGGGCGGAAGUCAACUCCUUUACACCUGGCUGCAGGGUACAAUCGUGUCCGGAUAGUUCAGCUUCUCCUUCAGCAUGGGGCUGAUGUUCACGCCAAAGACAAAGGUGGGCUCGUGCCUCUGCAUAACGCCUGUUCAUAUGGACAUUAUGAAGUCACCGAAUUGCUUUUAAAGCACGGAGCUUGUGUCAACGCAAUGGAUCUCUGGCAGUUCACCCCUCUCCACGAGGCCGCCUCCAAGAACCGCGUAGAAGUUUGCUCUUUGCUGCUUAGUCACGGAGCUGAUCCCACCUUGGUCAACUGUCACGGCAAGAGCGCGGUGGACAUGGCUCCCACGCCGGAGCUGCGGGAGAGGCUGACGUAUGAAUUUAAAGGUCACUCUUUACUCCAAGCAGCCAGAGAAGGAGACCUGGCCAAAGUCAAAAAGACACUCGCUUUGGAGGUCAUCAAUUUCAAGCAGCCCCAGUCUCACGAGACAGCUCUGCACUGUGCUGUGGCCUCCUUACACCCCAAGCGUAAGCAAGUGACAGAGCUCUUACUGCGGAAAGGAGCGAAUGUGAAUGAGAAGAACAAAGACUUCAUGACUCCACUGCAUGUCGCAGCUGAAAGAGCUCACAACGAUGUCAUCGAGGUUCUGCACAAGCACGGAGCCAAGAUGAAUGCACUGGACACACUUGGUCAGACGGCUUUGCACAGAGCGGCCUUGGCAGGCCACUUGCAGACUUGCCGCCUCCUGCUGAGUUAUGGGUCUGACCCCUCCAUCAUCUCCCUACAAGGUUUUACAGCUGCCCAGAUGGGAAACGAAGCCGUGCAGCAGAUUCUAAGUGAAAGUACACCUGUGCGCACGUCAGAUGUUGACUACCGGCUCCUAGAGGCAUCCAAAGCAGGAGACUUGGAAACUGUGAAGCAACUUUGUAGCCCUCAGAAUGUGAACUGCCGAGAUUUAGAAGGCCGCCACUCGACUCCCCUUCACUUUGCUGCCGGCUACAACCGGGUGUCUGUGGUUGAGUUCCUCCUACAUCACGGAGCAGACGUUCACGCCAAAGACAAGGGUGGCUUGGUGCCCCUCCACAAUGCCUGCUCCUACGGCCACUAUGAGGUGGCAGAGCUCUUAGUGAGACACGGGGCGUCUGUCAAUGUCGCCGACCUGUGGAAGUUCACUCCUCUGCAUGAAGCAGCCGCUAAAGGAAAAUACGAGAUCUGUAAGCUUCUCUUGAAGCAUGGAGCAGACCCAACUAAGAAGAACAGAGAUGGUAACACUCCUUUGGACUUGGUGAAGGAAGGAGACACUGACAUCCAGGACCUGCUCAGAGGAGACGCCGCCUUGUUGGACGCCGCCAAGAAGGGCUGCCUGGCCCGAGUACAGAAGCUGUGCACGCCCGACAACAUCAACUGCAGAGACACCCAGGGCAGAAACUCUACCCCGCUGCAUCUGGCAGCAGGUUACAAUAACCUGGAAGUAGCUGAGUACCUUUUGGAACAUGGAGCGGAUGUUAACGCUCAAGACAAAGGAGGCCUUAUUCCUUUACAUAACGCUGCAUCGUAUGGGCACGUGGACAUCGCGGCUUUGCUGAUCAAAUACAAUACAUGUGUGAAUGCCACAGAUAAAUGGGCCUUCACUCCGUUACAUGAAGCAGCCCAGAAAGGAAGAACGCAGCUGUGUGCCCUGCUGUUGGCGCACGGGGCAGAUCCGACCAUGAAGAAUCAGGAAGGACAGACGCCGCUAGACCUAGCAACGGCUGAUGACAUCCGAGCUUUGCUGAUCGACGCCAUGCCCCCGGAGGCCUUGCCUACGUGUUUCAAGCCCCAGGCUACUGUUGUGAGUGCCUCGCUCAUCUCCCCAGCUUCCACCCCAUCCUGCCUUUCUGCUGCAAGCAGCCUGGACAACCUCGCCGGCCCCUUGGCGGAGCUAGCAGUAGGAGGGCCUUCCAAUGCUGGGGAUGGAGCAGCGGGGGCGCAGAGGAAAGAAGGGGAAGUGACAGGUCUUGACAUGAAUAUCAGCCAGUUCCUCAAAAGCCUGGGCCUUGAACACCUCCGGGAUAUAUUUGAGACAGAACAGAUAACCCUAGAUGUAUUGGCAGACAUGGGUCAUGAAGAAUUGAAAGAAAUAGGCAUCAAUGCAUAUGGGCAUCGUCACAAAUUAAUCAAGGGGGUGGAAAGACUUUUAGGAGGGCAACAAGAUGAGGAAACUGAGGCCCAGAGGGUGAAAGUGACUUACCCAAGGUCUACCAAGAAGUGGCAGAGCUGGGAUUCGCACCCAGGUCCUUUGACUUCAAAUCUAGCCCUCUUCCCAUUACCUCAUCCCGAUCAGAGGAGUGAGUGUACCAGCCAGCUAGCUAGCGAAGGAGGAAGCAGCCCAGUUGGCAGCGUUUUCAGCACCAAUCCUUACUUGACUUUUCACUGUGUUAAUCAGGGAACGAUCCUGUUAGACCUUGCUCCAGACGACAAGGAAUAUCAGUCGGUAGAAGAAGAGAUGCAGAGUACAAUCAGGGAACACAGAGACGGAGGUAAUGCCGGAGGCAUCUUCAACCGAUACAAUGUCAUUAGGAUUCAGAAGGUCGUGAACAAGAAGUUACGGGAACGGUUCUGUCACAGACAGAAGGAGGUGUCGGAGGAGAAUCACAACCAUCACAAUGAACGCAUGCUGUUCCAUGGCUCUCCUUUCAUUAACGCCAUCAUUCACAAAGGAUUUGAUGAGAGACAUGCAUACAUAGGGGGCAUGUUUGGUGCUGGGAUUUAUUUUGCAGAGAAUUCUUCUAAAAGUAACCAGUAUGUUUAUGGAAUUGGAGGUGGCACUGGCUGUCCCACACACAAAGACAGGUCCUGUUACAUCUGUCACAGGCAAAUGCUUUUCUGUCGAGUGACUCUUGGGAAGUCCUUUCUCCAAUUCAGCACCAUGAAAAUGGCCCAUGCACCCCCCGGCCAUCAUUCUGUUAUUGGCAGACCUAGUGUCAAUGGUCUCGCGUAUGCAGAGUACGUGAUCUACAGAGGAGAGCAGGCUUACCCGGAGUAUCUCAUCACCUACCAGAUCAUGAAGCCGGACGCCCCCGCCAAGGCGGCCACGACGGCAGAGCAGAAGACCUAGGAGAGCCCGGGCCGACGCCACGUGGGACUUAGACCUGAGACUGGAUUGCGUGUGAUUGUUUCCCCAAACCAAGACACCCCAUAAAAAUCGUGACAGCCCAGAAACCAGCCGUUUGUCUUUUCUAAAGCCUCGCUCUCGCGAUGACUCUGCUUCCCGCUCCGCUGCUCCCGUCUGCCCCCUUUGUGGAAACAUUGACCAGGCGGCCUCUUCUCGUGGCUCAGGCGGGGUCACCCUCCCCAUCCGUGGCCGGCUCAGUAGAGAACCUGACCGCCGGGGUCUAGACACUGCAGGCGGCAGUGUCGUCAGUGUCGAAACUCCAGGCGUCCCUGCUCGGGCUGUGUCAUUACAUACAGACCACACGAAGCCCGUGUCCACGGACCGCACGUUUUUAGAGAGGCAUAAUCAGCUAUUUAUUUUUUUUGGGUGGAGGGGAACAAUAUUUGAAAAUGAGCCAGGACCUUCUUGAGAAUAUUUUGCACAGUCCAACGACUAAAAUCCUCAGCAGCGCGAGGCAAACCUGUAUCCUCACCGAGAAGGGUUUGGGUCCAAUUCUUCUCUGGUUUGUGUUUUUAUGUUUGCGCUUGGCAUAGAAUGUUUUGCUGUAAAAAACAAAAUGAGCGCUUUCUUUUCGAUUUGGCCCAUUUUCCAAGGGAAGGGUACCCAAACAGCCAGGGUUCCCAAGGGGAGAUGAGAAGCAGGUGUUCCCCCCACCUCCGGGUCAAAGUGCCAGUGUGUCUCCACUGAAUUUGACCCAGGGAGGGGUCUGUCUGUCCAGCAGUGGACUGAAAUGCCUCCAAGGAGACAGGGUCCAAGGUGUGCCAGGGUUUUGAGAAGCAGAGGCCUCCUUGCCAAAACGAAGUAGCUGGAAGGUUGUCUGCAUUAACUGGGAGGGGAGGAAUCCUUAACUUUGUGCUGAGGGUGUACCCUUGUCAACCAGGAGACAGAGAAUAAAUGAAAUGGUGGCGAGUAGAGAAAAAGCACAUUUCCAAACCAACCAGACAAAUGGACUGAGACGGACCUCCGACUUUGGGCCAGCACAUGAGGGAGGGCAGCUUUCCCUCCCCAAGGUGGAGGUUCAUCUCAGUUCAUUUGUCUGGUUGGUUUGGAAUGCGCCCCACAUUUUCUUAAUCAGAGGUAGAGACACCCCCAGACCUUCUGGGUGUGUUUCAGAGGUCCACUCGGUAGAGAGGGCGCUGGUCUGAGACGAUACUGGCUUGGCUCCCAGGCUCAGCUUUUCAGUCUGCGGGUCAGGGUCUGGAGGUGGGGACACAGGAAGCCCUGUGGCCCUCACUCUAGAGGUGCUUGUCCCUUCCUUGCCUUGUGUUUGUCCGUAGCUCAGCACGCCCUGGGGUCCAUCCUUUCAUUGACCUUGAAGUGGAAGUGGCCAGUCUUGAAUGAGAAGGCAAAGCAAACCGUGAGCCUUUUGUUUUUAGCUGAUUCCACCCUGACAGUCAUCUAGAGUAGCCUGCAGUAUCUCACAGUCCCGUCCAGAAGGUUGGAGACAGUCCACCGGGGUUUCUUUUUGCUUUGAGCCCACUGCCAGCUAGCGUGGGCCUCUGGGCCUGGUGUGUUAGCAGCAGGAGACCCAGGCAGCUUCCCCUGAAGAGUCAGUGACUCAUUAACAUCCCAGUGGCCGCAGGAGUACAAGUGUGACCUUCACUUCCAGCCUUCUGAUACAAAUGUUCAGCAAAUGAGGGGAAUGCCUGGUCGUUUUCCCUUACUGUGAGGCGUAGGUGUGGUUCUCUACCUUAACCACAGCUGUAGACCUCAGUGAAGCAACAGGGUUCCUUAUCAUGGUGUCAGUAGGAAGGGAUUCCAGAAGAAAGCCAACCUCUGAGUCACAAACGUGACAUUUGUGGUUUUCCCUGUGCAAACAGAAUUACUGGGGGUGCUGGGUUCAGACUAGAUCCUUAGAAGAAGGGAAGGUGGCCAGCCUUAGGCAUCUGAAGUGAGGAGAAGAGGGAAGGAGAACCUUUGGAGGAAGACCCUCAGACUAGCUGGAGUCUUCAGAAUGGAGGAACAGGAAAGGACUUUUGGGGUGAUGAGGUAGAUGAGAUUCCUGUGUGAGGGCAGGUUGGCCCUGGGAUUUUUUCUGCAGCAGACCACCCUUGGAUUCAGAUCUAAAGGCCUGGUCACCAUUGUAUUCAAAGAUUAGGACAAGUCUGAUGCAUUUGGAAUGUCCAUUUAAAGCAAGGGGAAAGGCCCUCCAAAUCAUUACAAGUUGCAUGUUAAUUUCAGAGUCAAGUGAACUUCCCUCCUCUUUGAAGAAAAAUUAGCCAUCUGGAGGUGAUCUUUCUCAAACUUGCAUCAAUUUUUGUCUUCUAAGGCAAGUAGAAAAGAAUGACAGAAAAUGCAAAACUGUUAUGCUGCUCGGGGCCUGGCCUUCCUCGUGUGGAUGCUUCUCCUUCCCCCUCUUCUGCCCUCUCCUUUGGCCCCGCUCACCUUCCCACUCCACUUCCCCUCUUCUCCAUCCUCUGUUGGCGCCUGCAGCCAGAAUUGGGCGAUUGCUAUCUUAGCCCCACCCAGGUACUCCGUGGUAGGGGAGCAGCCAGAGGGUCAGUGCACAUCAUAGCAGGCCAGCCACAGCUCUUCACAUUCUCUUCAAGUUAAGCAUUCCCAGAUAUAGUUAGCCUUUCAAGCAAGUGAAACAGAAUAAUCACUCUGAGUUUUCUUGGAUCGAGAGACCUCCCUCCUGCAGGAACCACAAAUAAAUAGGCUUAGUGUCAGCAGCACUGACUGGAGUAUCCAAGGAAAAGCUUGCCCUCCCAGAACAGCUUUAUGCUUCGAAACAUGGAAGAAAGUGCCUAAAAGAAGAAAAAGAAACAAAGGUUGAGGUCCCAUUACUGUCAUCAGCAUUACAUUGCUAUAGAAAAGGGUGUUUAACAUUGUCUUCUAUUGCAUUUCAUCUCCCCACUCCUAUGAAGACUGUAGACACACUGUGUGAUCUCUGUCCUCCCCAGUGUCAGGAUUCCUAUAAACUGCCUUCAAAAGCAGGAAUGGUUUCUUCUAAGCACUUUUCUCUAGUCUAGCCAGACUCCAGUCCUCUCCAACCACCCACCUACCUUCUUUACUCUGUUAGGCUAAAGAGACUGUAAAAAUAGAAUCUUUUUGGCCUUGUGGGCCAGCUCUCUUGACUGGCAUAACGUUGGAUUUCACCUCAGAAAUUUACUGUGUAAAACGGUAGUUAGGUGUUUCAGAUGUUCCCUUGGUACUACUGUAAGGAAAAGGAAUGGAAUUUGGGGUGAAAUUAAUGGGUGGCACUUAGGUUCAGUAUACCCAACCUGUUAAUAUGAACUUUUCUUAAAAGAGGGCCAUCGGUUGAAGGAUUCCAAAGUUUCUUCCUCAUUUCUGAGAGCUGUAGGAAGUUCUAAUUGUGACAAGAACAUACUCGUUAUGCGCCAUUGAGAUAAAAUGUUCCUCCUGCUGCAACCCUGCUUCAUCUCAUCUCGUGCCGAUUCUUAUCCAUUCUUUUUGAUGUCAUGAAACAGGCCCCUUCUAUAUCCCAACAAACAAAGGGAUGGCCUCCCUGGGCCUGUGUUUCCUUCAGUGUGAGAAACUGGCUUGUGAGAUAAAGAAUGGCUCAGUACCCCUCCGUCGUCCCAUGGUUUACUGUAGGCCUCCCACUCACUCCGAAGGAAGGAAAUGGAAACAUUUACAUAUUGGAUGUGAUUGCUAUCUUUAAAUAGUGAACAAGGGAACAGAUUUGUCCUGCAGAGCCCCUUCCAGAAGGGAGAAUUGGCACCGGGUGGUAGAUGUUCCAGGAAGUCGUUUGCAGCCCCACCUUAGAGGGAAGCAUGCAUUUCCUAGUGAUCACAGCUGUUGGUGAGUUGAUUAUAACAUAGAUUGUUUCCUUUCACAUUGAGGGAUAACUUGGGGGUGUGUUAGAGAGGAGAUUGGACUAGGUGACCUCUCUGGUCUGUGAUUCUAGGUACAACAGACAAUUUCUGAUAGAUGCCAUUCGGUUGAACAUUUUGUUGAAACUGUUUCCUUCUAGGGCUGGGGCGUAGGGGCAGUCUGCUUGUCAUCUGUCUCCCUAUCUGGCCGCACUCUAAAGUCUCCCAGGGUUUGAGAAAAUGCUAGGAAAAUGACCAGAACUUCUCAUAUAGGGCACAAAACCCGAUUCCAAAAUGAAACCCUAUAGGAUGGAAGUCUUACACUGGAGCAUUUUUACUGAUUUGAAAUAGGUUCCCAAAGUGAAAGCCAGAAGACAUCCAGACAGAUUUCAGAUGUUGCUAGGGCCGGGAUGGCCACGUGAGGGCCAGUUUGGAAAGGAUGCCUUCAGGUGCGCCAUUGACAAGACAGACUUCUGUUGGGCUCCAGAUGUUUGGGGUUCUUGGGCCAUCUCCCCAAGACCACGAGUUGUGCCGAAGGGCCUUUGCUGAUCCAAGGGCCAGGGUCUCCCCACGUAGGGAGGUUUUGGAAUCGGAUCGUGAGGGGCACCAUUGCUUAGGGUCAGUCUGCAGGAAAGGCCCCUUCCCUUCCACCUCCUGCUUUUGAGGCCGUGCUCUGGAAGCUGAUGCGUCCGCACUGAGCAUCUUUGUACUCUGCUACGUGACUGGGCCCGUGCUUUCACUGGUGUGGGUGGGCACAAGUGGCAGUCCCCAUGGAGGCCCUCCCCAACCUCCCUCCUCAUCUGUGGCUCCCAGUGCCGCCCUGUCGCUGUCCGUCUGUGUCUCAAGUGCUUGCCCUGUGACCAGCCCACCUUUCCCCCGUCCCUGUUCUCCGUCACGUCUUUCCCAUUUCUCACUCGUGCAUAAGUCGUCCUUGGGGACGUUGGGUUACUUCCAAAACCGUGGUGGCGAAUGAUUCACAGCCAUAGAACGGCCCGGAAGACUCGCGUCAGAAGGGGGUGUUGGCGGCGGUGGCAGCCGGGUCCUCCCAAGUGCGUCCGUCUGUGAAACGACGUGUCCCUUUGAGGGCUUCUUGUGACUGGUGGCGCCCCGUUCCCCUCUGGUGUCUGCAUCUGCGCCUGUUCACCUCUUAGCUGAACGGCGUGCUCUUCAAAGAAGGCAGCGCGGCCGCAGCGGCCCGGGUGUUGAUUGACGCUGUGUUCCCAGUGGCGGGUUUGUCUCGGUGUACCCCAGCUCACGCUCAGGGGUCUCGGCUGUCUUUGUGUCUGUCUGUCGUGACUCCCUCCUGGUCCUGGUUGUGACCUGCUGGCCCUGCCCGCCGACGCCACGGAGGAAUACUUCACAGGCGUGCGGGCUUGGGUCACCUGACGCUGCUGCGACAGCCGCCUUUGUUUCCCCUCGCCAGCCCCCCUCUUCGUGCUAAAAGAGGCCGCCUGCCGAGGUAACCGCCUGCCCGGCAGGGCGCCGACCACAACUUGUAACCGCUUUGGCUCUGUGUCUAAUCUGCAGCACUUGUUAUCUAAUGACCAAUAAAGACAUUUCUGAAGCA